AUGACAGAAAACAACACAGAUUCAAUAAUGGGAAUAGAAGAAACUGGCAAAUCUUUAAAAGAAACUCUUCGUGCUCAACAACAACUCCUUCAAAAACUUUACAAUGAAUUAGAUGUAGAAAGAGAAGCCUCUUCUUCAGCAGCUAGUGAAGCAUUAGCAAUGAUUCUUCGUCUUCAAGGAGAAAAAGCUUCUGUAAAAAUGGAGUCCGAGCACUACAAAAGAUUAGCAGAAGAAAAAAUGUGUCACGCAGAGGAAUCCAUUGAAAUAUUCGAAGAACAAAUUCACCAAAAAGAAAUGGAAAUUGCUUCAUUAGAUUGUCAACUUCAAGCCUACAGAUACAAGCUAGCAAGCUUAGGGUUUGAAGAUAUUGGAGCCAAUGAAACAAGCCAUGAAAGUCUUUUGAGAAGAAACUCUGCACCCCCAAAACUUCUGAGACUUGCUUAUUUGAAAAAAAAUCGAUCCAUAAGUCCAGAUUCUGAUAUAAAUUCAAGAACAUUGGAUGAAAAUGUAGGGGAAGAUGAAAGUCUUGAUUUAGAGAAACAAAGUUAUUGGGAUCAGAUUCGAAAGUUGGAUAAGAUAGUUGAAGAGAUGGCAGAUGAUGAAUAUGUGAAUUUAAGGAUCAAAUCUUCAAAAUCUUCAUCUGGGUUUCCUCAAAUAAAUGAAUUAGAUGAAAAUCAAAGUGUCAAAAAGUUGGAAAACGAUGAGAUGCCUUCGGAUACUUGUUCUUUAAGUGUGCAUGAUGUUUUUGAAGUACCUGAAAUUAAUGAGGUGGAAGAUAAUGGGAAAUUGAUCUUGGAAAGUGAAAAUAAGUUGGAAAAAGUUUUGAUUUUUCCUGAAGAGGCUAUAAAAUCAUACGAAAAAAUGCUACUUUUGAAACAGAAAGAAAAGGAGGUAUUUUUGCCUAGAGAGAAUAUUGUUGUGGAUUGCCACAUGGCGAUUGAUUUUCCAGUUGAAGGGUCAUCUCAACAAGUGAAGAGAAGAAUGGAAAGAAGAGAGGAUGAUAUAGAAGAUGAACAAAUUGGGAUUACAGGAAAAGAAGAAGUGUUGAGAUUGUUAAAUGAGAUAAAUCAGAAAUUGGAUUCGAUACAAUUUGAGAUCAGAAAUGGAAACAAGAAAAAUGAAAAAUUGUCUCAGAGCUAUGACUUGCAAAUGCUUCAACUUUCAGAGGCAAUGCUGCACUUUUGGCUGUAAUGUGAUUUAACAAUCUUCCUAAUUGCUGCUACCAUUACCAUGUAAGUGUUUAUGUUUCUAACUACGAGGUUUGGUGUGUAAAGUGAGAGUGGUUCUUGUGAUUUGAUUGGUUGGUGGCUUUUUAGAUUUGUUUGUACCUAUGGCAUAUAUACUUGUACAUAUCAUACUGUAUUUUUGAAGUCGCAGUUGCAGUGAAAGUUGACUCGAUAGUGGUGGAAUUGUAUUUUGAGAUAACACUAAAUGAAUUCUUGCAGUGUAAUUGUUGAUUCUGUUUAAGAUACUUGAAGUAUAAUUUUUAUAGUUGGUAU